AGAGAGAGAGAGAGAGAGAGAGAGAGAGAGAGAGAGAGAGAGAGAGAGAGAGAGAGAGAGAGAAUGUACACGUGCACACUUUGCUUUUCCUAAAGGUCUCGGUCUCAUUUUUAUUUAAUGAACAUUUGGAACAAAAUUAUUUCCUACAUAUUUUUGUCACAAAAUUGGUCUGGAUUCUAAUUGCAAUUAAUAUUAAUCGGACAUCCUCUCAUUUGUGUGACACAUAUAAGCAUGAUUAUAGUGUUCGAUUGUGUUACAUGACUUGCAAUCACAAGGCAACUUGCAAAUGAUGACACAACACUUGUUGCUUGUUUGUUUUAAGUAACUGAGCAUAUAAAAACAGGGAGUACUGCUGAUGUCUUUGAUGAAAGCAAAUACUCCUUAGAUAAAGAGAGUUGAACCUGACCAGACAACCUAGAAAGAAUUAAGGAGAAAGAGACAGCAAGAGAAGGAUGGAGAUAUGGGCAUUUUUUAUUGCUCUGCUGGUGGCGCUUCUGAUUCUGCACUACCUGAAACAGCUUUGGUCACGCAGGCAUUACCCUCCAGGACCUCUCCAGCUUCCUCUCGUGGGAGCCAUGUGGCUGUUUGGAUUCAAGAUUCAUGAAAAUACUCUCGUUCAGCUGGGAAAGCAACAUGGAAAUGUUUUCACCCUAUGGAUAGGACAUCUACCCAUUGUAGUACUGUGUGGAUUCCAAGCAGUGAAAGAAGCUCUCAUUGACCACUCUGACAAAUUAGACCAGCGACCAGAGACUCCUUUCCUUAGGACUAUGGCAAAAGGAAAGGGUAUUGCAUUAUCAAAUGGUCACACCUGGAGGCAACAGAGACGCUUUGGUGUAGUUACUAUGCGGAAGCUGGGGCUGGGUAAGAAAGGCAUGGAGCACCAAGUAGCAGAGGAGGCCCAUCAGCUCAUGGAGGUUUUUUCACGUUCAAAGGGACAGCCACUUGACCCCUCCAUGCUCAUCAGUAAUUCAGUCUCCAAUGUGAUAUGUGCUGUGGCUUUUGGGCACCGGUUUGCUCUUGAAGAUGAACGGUUCCAGAAGCUGAUAGAAGCCAUGGAUUUUGUCCUAAAAUUUUUCAGCACUUUUUGUCAUACUCUUUAUGAAACGCUCCCAUGGCUCAUGAAACAUCUCCCAGGGCCCCACAAGAAGGCCUUAUCCUGUGCAGAGAUUAUGCUUUCAUUUGCAAAGGAGGAGAUAGAGAAGCAUAAGGAGAAUCAGUCUCUGCAUGAGCCACAGGAUCUCAUUGAUUACUAUCUACUUCAGAUGGAGAAAAGCAGGAAUGACCCAGAGUCCACCUAUGAUGAAGAGAAUUUGGCUUGGUGUAUUACUGACCUCUUUGUAGCAGGGACAGAGACAACCACCGGUUCUCUGAAAUGGGCACUUCUCCUCCUGGCAAAUCAUCCAGAUAUCCAAGAUAAAAUGCACAAGGAAAUCGAAGAUGUCAUAGGUUCUGCUCACUCAAUCUGCUAUCAAGAUAAGAAGAAACUGCCCUACACCAAUGCUGUGAUUCAUGAAAUGCAGCGCUUUAAAUAUAUCAUUUUUUUGGGGUUGCCUAGGCAAUGUACAAAGGAUGUGAAGCUGUGUGGUUUUCUCAUUCCCAAGGGGACUAUUAUUCUUCCUAAUCUGCGCUCUGUUCUUCAUGAUCCGACACGAUGGGAGACACCUGCAGAGUUCAACCCAAAUCAUUUUUUGGACAAGGAUGGACAAUUCGUGAGCAGAGAAGAAUAUCUGCCAUUUGGUGCAGGGGCUCGCAUUUGUUUGGGAAUGCAGCUGGCAAAGAUUGAAAUAUUCAUCUUCCUGACCAGCCUGCUGAGGGCAUUCAGGUUCCAGCUGCCAGAAGGAGUCAAAGAACUUAAUCAAGAGGCUAUAAUAGGAACUACAACACAUCCCCAUCCUUAUAAACUCUGUGCCAUUCCCCGUUGCAACACAUAAUGAAAUAUGAAAAUAUUAGGAGGUGCCCCCCUGCUUCCUCCACUCGGUGACCCCUUUGCCACUCUGGACACAUGAACCCCCUAGAAUUUCUCAUUCCCUUCCCUUCCCUUCCCUUCCCAUCUCAUCCCAUACAACUGCUGAGGUCUCUCUUCACCUUUGCAGCUCAAUUUCUGAAGCCACUUCUCUCUUAUCUUCUGCAGCUCUGCUUUGCAUCCAUUUUCCCCUUCACCCCAUCUCCUCCUUUCCUUUAGGCCCUUUCCUUCCCCCACUUUCAUCUUCCUCCCAAUCCCCAUGCCUCCUUACU